AUGCUGGCGGCUUCUUCCAGCUCGAGCCCACCCAUGCCUCUGCUGGAGUCUGCCGCGGGCGUCUUCUCCGCCUUUCAGUUCAUGGCAGAGCCCGCCGCGCCUAGCGACAAGGCGGCACCAAUCGGAGGCAGCCCACCCUCAGCAGGAGGGGGAGGGCCGGGGAUGUCGGCGUUUUCGUUCCUGACCGACGAGUCCCCCGCCGCCGGGAACAGUGUCGAAGGCCAGGACGAAACCGUCAGCAUCCCUGCUGGGGAUGCUGCCGGGAGAACCACGCCGUCUUCGUUUUCGUUCCUGUCGGAGGGAGGCGGAGGGGGCCCUGCGGCUGAGAGUAGCGUUGCCGCCGAGGCUGCGUCGUCCGUGGUGUUAUCGUCCUCUCCGCUGGCAGCGACCGGCAAAGCGGAGUUGCCGGCAUCCUCCGACGGCAAGGCAGCGGCAGAAUUCGGGGGUGCUGCCGGGCAGACGCCGGGAGACGUCGAUCAGCAGCCCGCUGGCUCGUCCGGCCUUGCGAGCGAGGUCUCUUCUCCGUCCGCUUCAUCGUCUACGACGGCGCGGGCGGAUGGCCUCGCCGCUACCGCCACCGCCACCGCCACCGCCACCGCUGCCCAGGAAGGAGCGGAGAAGAAGCCGGCUGCUGACGAUGUGCCCUCAUGGAAACCCUCGGCCAGCGUUGUUCGGAAGAAGAGGGCGGUGAGGAGGGUGGGCUAUGCUCGGGAGGAGACGCUGGCGUCGUCGUCGAUGGCGCCGCCGGUACCGCGGUCACCCACGGCGGGCCGGCAAGCCGGCGGCGGCAAUGCUUCGACGGAGGCAGCAGGAGACCAGACCAGCGGCAGCACGCCGUCUGCGACCGCUGGGGGAGGCCUUUCUCGCGGGGGGGGGGGGGACUACGAGGCGCCGUCUGUCCCUAUCCCAAGCAGGAAGGUCACAACGUCGCCCAUGACCGCUGGUAGGGAAGCGAUGGACGACAGCAUGGUGGCGGAGGCAGCGGCGAUGGCGGCGCUUGCGGCGUCCAUGGCGCCAUCGGAGAUCCAGGGGGCAAUGGCGAAGGGGGACUUGAAACAGGGCUCUUCACACGGCACGGCGUCGUCCAGCACUUCGUCUGCAGCGGGUGGCGGCGCGGCGGCAAGCCUGUCGAAUCCCCACCCGACAGCAACGAAGAAGAAUCACAGCUUUAUGACGAAGUUCAAGGGACUGCUGAGCCAGUCUUCCUCAUCCAAGUCCGACAGCUCCCCGCUUUCCCCCCACGCGGCGGCGAGAAAGUCUGCUGCAAACCCGACUGUGGCCACCACACCGCGAAGCUCCCCUAAGGACGCCGCCGCAGCCGCUGCAACCACAAAGGCGGGGGAGGAGGAUCAACCACCCUUGCGUUCGGAGCGGGGUGGGGCUGAUCCCGAUUCCGCCGCCGGGGGGGGGAGUUCCGUUGUUCGUCCGGCGUUUUCUGGUGAAGAGGAGAACGGCGCGGUCCAGGAGAUGCGGGCGGAACUGUCAGUCUUGAUCGACGCCUUCCAACAAAAGUCGGAAUCCUUGAGCAACCGUCUCACCGAGGCAGCCGCGGAGAAGGCGGCCCUAGAGUGCAGCCGGACCUCGCUGAGAAACUCCCACGCCGAGGGCAUAAGGCGGCUGGCGGAGGCGGAGUCUGAGCAGCAGCGAUUGGCCGACGAAGAGGACUACGAAAAGGCGGCGGAAUUGUCGCUGGAGAUCGAGAACCUCAAGGAAGAGUCGGCCUCGGCGGCACGACGUCUCAGGGAGCUCGAGGAGGACGGAGGUUCGUUGGAUCGGUCAUCCGCGGAGGCCAGGCAUGAGCUUCUCGUCGCUGUGGAGGAGACCACUCGCGGGUUGAAGGUCUUCCAGGGCAGACAGGAUGCAAAGCUAGGCAAGCUAGUCUCCGAACGAGCGGCCCUUUUCGAGGAGGAAAAUCGCCGGAUGAACACAGAGCAGGAGAGAAUCGUGCUCGAAAAGACCCACGUGGAGAGGGAUUGGGCUCAUCUAGAGGAGGAGCUGUCUCAGACGGAAAAAGCCAUCUCCGAUCAGACAGGGGGGGAGGAUGCGCGCAUGUCCAAGCUUCGGCUGAUGCGGAUGGAGCUAGAAGGCGAGGUCAAGGACCUAGAAGCGCAGCUUGAGGCGAAGAGAGGGGCCCUGAGAGAGGUGCUGGUUGGUCUAGACGAGGCGGAGGGUCGCAUCUCGGCCGUGCGGGGCAAGUUCGAACGGCAGCUUCAGCGGCUGCGCGAGAGGGAACGGCUUGUGGAGGUGUCUCGACAGGACUGUCAGACGGAAGAGGCGUCGCUGCAGGGGGACAGGGACCGCCACCGGGAACUGAUGGAACAGGCGACGAAGGAGCAGCAGGGUUUGAUGGACGCCGUGGAAGGAAUCGCGGACGAUGUCAAGCUCGCUGAAGUACUCCAGUCGACCCUAUCGAAGCACUGGACGUCCGAGUCGCGAACCGGAACGGUCCCUGCAGACGAGAAGAACGGCGCGGAGACCGGCGACGAGGAUUCGCGGAACGAUGCUCGGGACGACGCUCUGGUGGCGCUUCGGUCGGAGGUGGAGGGCGCGCGAUCCCGGUACGAGCUGAAAGGCCGGGCCGUGGCUGCCCUCGACGAGCGGAAGGAUGUGCUCAAGGCAGAGAUGGCCACAAAUGCGGAUGCUCUGCCAGACCUCGAGCAAAGAAAGAGGGCGGCGGUGGGCGCGAAAAACUACAAAGAGGCCGGCCAAGUUAGCCGUCAGAUUAAGGAGACGGAACGACGGCAGCAAGAGGUGUUGGAGCUGCUGUCGGACUUGGAGCACAGCGUAGCGGAGGGGUCCGCGGCCCGGAAAGAGCUGGAGGGUACCAAGACAGAGCUGAUGCAAGCGGAGGAGGCGUUGAGGGUGGCCGAGGAAGCAGUGGCGACUUCGAGGAUCGCGGCGCUGGAGAGACGCGCCAAGCCUCUAAGGAUCGCGAGUCGAGCCGUGGCGCGCAGGGGCAAGACCGGAGGACUCAGAGACGCAGCGGAGUCCCUCCUGGUGGUGCAGCUCGCGAGCCUAGACGCCGAGGCGAAGGACAUCAGCGCGAGGCACGGCCUCGCCCCGCCGGAGCUAUCUCAGCCUCAGCCUGGAGACUCGGACGACGAAUCCGAUGGUAGUGGUAGUGGUGGUGGUGGUGGUGGUUCGGACUGUUCGGCAGGCCCAGCAGCUGGAGGGUCAGGGCAGGAGGUGGUUACUUCGGUGGAGGUUGAUGAAGAGGAUGGGGGUUCGGCAGAUGGGAACGACGUAGAAGCAGCCAAACCGGAAGAUACCGCCACUCACGUGGAAGCCGUCCCGCGAAAGGCUGAAGACGAUCCGGCUAUGGUUGCCUCGAGGGAGCUGAUCGAAUUGGAGGCGGCGGAGGUUGAGCGCGACCUCGCGGACCUAGAUGCUCGGCUGGCCACGGCUCUGACAGAUGAGGACUACGACCAGGCAGCAGAGCUGGACGCUCAGAUGACACAGGAAGACGUAGAUGUUGACGCUGCAGCGGCCUGCGGCAGCGCUGGUGAGGAAGGUCGGGGGGAGGAGCACGGGGGGGCGGGGGGCAAUGCUACGGCUGAGGCGAUGGAUGGCAAUGUUGCUACUAGUGAAGAGGACACCGAUGGUUGCGCUGCUGAAGCGGAUAGCGGUGCGUUGGACCCCGUUCCGGGAGCAGCGGCGGGACAAGAAGCAGGUGGCGAUGCACCCGACGACGACGUCGAUGGCGUGCGCGAGGCAAGCGAUGAGGGUCCGGCUGUUGUCGACCUCGAGGAGGCGGAACACGACGAUGCCCCUCAGGGACGAGAAAGCCUGGGUGUUGAGGGCGGCACGGCAGUAGAACAGGCGGACGGGCCGGAGCGCGCUGUCUAG